CAGCCCGAGACUGAUGUAAACAACAACACCAUCACAAGGGGUUCUUUUCUUUGCUCUCUCCUCGCCCAAUUGCCAGUUUUCAUUCACAACACAGCCGUACAGUGCCGUCCGGAGCAGCAAUAUAAGGAGAUAGUUGUGUGGUAACGAGAUUCCGAUUACUCACCCCCGUGUAACAUACACACACAUAUAGCCGUUCGUGGUUGUUCUUGUAAAGUGUAGAGCGUAACGUUGCACCACACACACACACAGAGGUUGGAUUCGUGAUGGACAAGCUGAUAUAGCUCUCGAAUGGCCGUACUUGCCUUUCUGGCGCUUAGUAUUGGCGACGACUUGCUAGCUUACGGUGGCGCUCUGCUCGAUUGUCGCGCCAGUUCGUGGACGGAAUGCAAAUCGCUGCUGGCCUCGACACGCAACCAGCGCCAGUUUGAGGCCCUUCUGAAGCGCUACUAUCCGCCGCACGACAACAGUGCUGCAUCGCCAAAAACAAACGUCCACCGUUCUCUAACACCAUCACCGCCGUCCGAAAUGUCGACGGAAUCGAUCGACAGUUGCGACUUUGCCUACCAGGAAGCGUCAUCGCCCGGUUCGAUCAGCCUGGACAAAAGCUCCUCCACCGAGGUGGUCCACACGGUCGAAAACAUUACGGAAGUGUCGCCCGGGCUGUGCUUCGUCAUUAGCGGCACGAUCCAGCUGACCUGUGAGCGGUUCUCCAUCAAUUUGCUGCUGAAAAAUGGUGACGUCGCGCUGCACUUCAACCCACGGCUGCCCCAGAACUACAUCGUGCGCAACUGCCGCGUGAAGGGCUGCUGGGGCCGGGAGGAGGUGGCGUCCCCGCUGUCGUUCAAUUUGCACCGCGGCCAACGCUUUGCCGUCCAGGUGCUCGUCACGGACAAGGAGUUUCUGAUCUGCGUCAAUGGGCGGCACUUCAACGCGUUCCAGCACCGGCUGCCUUAUCGGAAGAUUUGCACACUGGAGGUGAAGGGCGAUGUGCGCGAUGUGGCCGUUGACCAGUGCUACAUGGAGUGCUAUCCGCAGCUCGAGCUCGAAAUUAUCCGCCAACUGUCACCGGAAGCGUUGGCAACUGCCCAGCUAGGUGUGGCGAGGCCGCUGCACCUGCCGGAAGCGGACGGGAAGCCGAUGCCGUACACGGGCGUACUGCAGGAACCGUUCACCAACGGCCGCAAGCUGCAUCUGUACGGGCGGGUGAAGCUGCUGCCCCACUCGUUCUACGUGAACCUGCAGAGCAGUGCGUACGUGUGGCCCCAUCCGAGCAUACUGUUCCAUCUGAAUCCGCGCUUCGGCAGCGUUGGCGGCCGACACGUCAUCUGCCGGAAUUCGUGGACGAACGGGAAGUGGGAGCGCGAGGAGCGGUCGGAAAAUGUGACGGACUUUGCGCCCGGGAAACCGUUCCAUCUGCAGAUCGCCUGCACGGACGUUAGCUAUCAGGUUUCGCUCAACGGCAAGCUGAUUGCGGAGUUUAUCUUCCGGGACAAUCCGCGCCUGGUGGAGGCAAUCUACAUACAGGGCGAUAUAAAGGUGUUCGAUGUGGUGGUCGAGACGGCGUACUAGCUGGCAAGAACUGUGGCGUAGGGCCUACUGCCAUCAAAAUCCCCUCCCAAAGAAAACUCCUAUAGACUGACAGACAGGAGCGGGGGACUCGUGUGUGCAAUGGGCGCCGCUUGCUCGGAUCGCAAAAAAAAGAAGGUCUAUUCAUCCAACCAGAUAGUGCUCUUUGCUCAUGCUGCUCGGUACAAUAAUGUGUUAGUGUGACUUGUUGUAGGUUAUGGUAGUAUUACACUCUCUAGCAAUUUUAGCGAACGUUUUCGCGCUCCAAAGAGGUCUAAUUCCCCCCCUUCACACAAAAACUUCAAUGGCUUGUUACUAUAUGUUUAAAAAGUGUUGCUCAUAUACUUCCUAUAUUUACCGUUUUGUUUAUAAACUAAACUGCUGCUUUAAAAUGAAAAAUAAAAUGUAUUACAAACAUGGGAA